GGGGAUGCACAGUGAGAAAACAUAGAUUUAGGUCAAAAAUAUCGAUAUUUUAAAAUUAAUUGAUUUUAAUAGUUUAAAAUGUCUAGAAUACGAAUUCCCUAUCAGAAUACUAAAAAAAAUACGUUUUAUACAUCAAUUUUGUAUUUUAAAUGUAGAUAUAUAAGCAAAAUUUUGAUGUUUUGGUGAAAAAUCAACAUUUUGUAAGCUAUAGUUGAUAAGCUAAUGUACGCUCUCAUCCCUAACAGAUGGUAUCGAUACAAAGGUCUACUUUUCUAGUUCCGAUUAUGUGCAUGGUUUCUCAUUCUAUAAAUAAAUAGUACUGCAAUGAACUUUCAAAAUACGUCACUACCUCUUUUUUUCCCCUAUAUCCUCAUAUACACACCCACAAAGCCAUAUUUACGCAUGCGCACCAUCAAAGCUUCUAUAGUUACUGUAAUUACACGCAUGCGCACUGAAAAAGCUUCCGUAACUACAAAGUAUGCACGCAUGCGCACAUGACGUGAACCGGUCCUUCUUCUGUAAACUUCCAUCACAUCAACAAUCGAUUCAUUAUUGAAACUCAGAAAUGCCAACAAAAGGUUAUAUGUUUGGAAAGAAAAAACGUUACUGUAAGCCCAGAGGACGACAUGCUUCAAAGACAAAUGCACAAUUACAAAGCUCUGUUUUGGAUACAGCUGGAUCUGAAGCAGCAACAACACAGCCUGCAAGUGCAGCUGAGCGAAAAAUAUCCCUAACUGCAGUUACUAACGCUGAUAACACCAAUAAGAGGCUGCCUGAAGAUUUCAUAUACGUCAUGAUGAAUUCAAUGCAAUUGACCACAAUGGUCUCCUUGUUGUGCUGUCCACAUUGCUUUGACAACAAAUUAACUAUGUGCAUCACACAAUCAAAAGGCAUGGCUCAUUUGAUUAAAAUCAAAUGCCUAAAUUGUGAAACAUAUUUGUGGUCCGACUGGACCUCAAAAAAAAGUAAUGAUGUUCAUCUGGAUAUUAAUGUCCGCGCUGUCGCUGCAUUAAAAGAAUCUGGAAUCUCGCAUUCUAAAUUUGAUAGGUUUUGUGGACUUAUGAGUAUGCCCUGCAUGCACAGAAAUACUUAUAACAAUCUAGCUAACAUAGUCAAUACCGCUAUAAUUGAAGCUGGUGAAGAAUGUAUGAUUAGGGCAUCUGCUGUUGUGCAUGGAAGAAACAUUUCACAACCUCUAACUACAGAUGAAAGAAUAAGUUCAACAGGCUGUCCUGUUAUUACAGUUUCUUUCGAUGGGACUUGGCAUAAAAGGGGCCACUCAUCUCAUUCAGGAAUUGGCACAGUUAUUGAUUUUGAUACUGGACUCGUCAUCGACACCGAAGUCCUAUCAAAUUAUUGCCAUGUUUGUGAUUCAAACUCUGCAGAACUAAACUUUGAUGCCUCUAAGCAUAUGUGUCAAAAAAACUUCAGUGGCUCAGCAAAUGCAAUGGAGGCCGCAGCAGCAUCCAAAAUCUUUUCGCGCUCUGUGGCAUCCAGAAAACUUGUUUAUGGCACGAUGCUGUGUGAUGGCGAUAGUAAAUCGCAUUCAUCUGCCAUUACCAACUCAGGAUAUGAUGUAGAAAUCUUAAAAGAGGACUGCAUUAACCACAUCUCAAAAAGAAUGUUUAAUGCUUUGAACAAUUUAAAAAUGUCUAACAAAAAAGAACUAAAUUAUAGGCUUACAAAGCCAAAAAUUGAAAAAAUUACAAAUUACUAUUCCAAAGCUCUGCGCCAAAAUGCUCCCGACAUUCAAAAAAUGAAGCUGGCUGUUAUGGGCUCAUUUUUUCAUAUGAUGAGCUCAGACCUAGAUCAUAACCACAGGUUGUGUCCUGAUGGCGCUACAUCUUGGUGUCACUUUAAGAGAUCAGAGGCACUAAAACAGCCAUAUAAAAAACACAACCAGACCAUCACAUCAGAAAUAGGUAAACUGUUAUUUCCUAUAAUGAAAAGACUAACAGACACAGAUCUGUUAAAAAGAUGUUCUAGAAUGGGAACACAAAACGCCAAUGAAUCUUUUCAUUCCCUCAUUUGGCAAAGAUGCCCCAAAACAGAAUUCGCAACAUUAAAAACGGUAAGGGCUGCGACAUACCUUGCUGUUUUAGCCUUCAAUAAUGGACCUGUUGGCAUCAGAUCAGUUUUUGACAUAUUAGGCAUUCCCUGGACACUAAAGAACAUUUCUUCUAGUGAGAAAAAGCAAAAUGUCAAACUACAGCUUGUUAGAAAAAGAAAAUCAAUCGCAUUAGUGUCCAGGAGAAAAAACUUGAAAAAACGAAGAAUUGAGCAUGAGCACCGGGCAGAGGUUCUAGAAGGUCCAACCUAUCAAUCAGGCCAUUUUAAUGAAUAGUUUUUUGUUUUUUUUAUUAUCUAUUAUGUUGUUUUAUGUAAAUAUUCCCUUUUUUUUCAUUUUUAUGGUUACAAUAAAUAUUUUAUAUCAUUUUAAAAACUUUAAA